CCUUCCCUCUCCUUUUUCCUAAACCCUAAUCUCCCCUUCACAUCCUUACCUGCAUUUCCUCCUCCACCUCCACCUCCACCUUAUCAAUGGCGCCUCCUUCUUCCCACGACCUUCUCAAGCUCCGCAUCAACCAAUGCUUCAUCAAGCUCUCCGACCGCGACACCGAAUCCAUGGCCGCCACCGAGCUUGACUCCCUCGCCAUAUCCCUCUCCUCCUCCUCCCUCCCCUCCUUCCUCUCCGCCCUCUCCGACACCCGCCCCUCCGACAAGCCCCCACUCCGUCGUCAUUCCCUCCGCCUCCUUUCCCUCCUCGCCCGCUCCCACCCUCCCUCCCUCCUCCUCCCUCACCUCCCCCGCAUGCUCUCCGCCGCCCUCCGCCGUCUCCGUGACACCGACUCCUCCGUCCGCGCCGCCUGCGUCGACGCCUUCCGCUCCCUCGCCGCCCUUUCACUCCCUUCCACUGGCUCCCUCCCCUCUCUCCUCCUCCAUUCCCUCUCCGACGCUCUUCUCCACGAACAGGACCAUUGCGCCCAGAUCUCCGCCUCCCUCUCCCUUGCUGCCGCUGUUGACGUCGCUGCAGGAUCUCCGUCCUCCGCUGGAUCCGAUCUCGGCGACCAGCUCCAGCGCCUUGUCCCUCGCCUUGUGAAACUCGUCCGGAGCAACGCGUUCAAGGCCAAGCCUGCUCUGAUCUCCCUCCUCGGCAGCAUUGCCGGCGCUGGCGGCGCUUCUACUGGGACUUUGCUCGGGGUUCUCGUUCCUUGUCUUGUUGAGUUCUUGAGCAGUGAGGAUUGGGCUGCUAGAAAGGCUGCUGCUGAAGCUCUGUCUCGUGUUGCACUCUCUGAGAGAGAUCUCUUGGGUGGAUUCAGAUCUUCCUGCCUUUCUUCUUUUGAAUCCCGGAAGUUUGAUAAGGUGAAGAUUGUUAGAGACUCCAUGAAUCAAAUGGUGAAGGUUUGGAAGGAUAUUCCUGUUGCUGUUGUUGAAGAUUGCAAUGGUACCUCACCAUUGCCAGAUUCCAAUUCCAAGCCUUCUCUUAGAGAUAAUGCAAGUGACAAUGGUCGGAUUACCGCUGGUUCUAGAACUCAUGCUUCUGCAAUGCCUGCUUCUACUGCUAGUGUGGGAAAGAAGAAAUUGUCUAUGAGUAGAUCUCCUCCGCCUGAUGCCACGCCUCCCUCGACCGUGAGAAGGACUACUCCUCCUACCACUGGAUUGAAAACACGGCCUAAAUUCACUCGUCAGAGGAAUGGUUCUGAUUUAGGAGUAUCUCCUAUGGAUGUUAGAUCUGGAAUGGAUUCAAGAAGGAGACUUUUUAUGAAGGCAGAUGAUGGAAAGUUGGACAAUGUGGUUAGUUUCAAGUCUUCAUGUGAAUCAACUGUGCAGGAGACUGCAAGCUUGGAGCAAACUGGGGAAAUUGCUUCUGCUAAUACUGAGAUUUAUGGAAGUCAGAAGGAUAACAAUUUCUCUUUGAUUCGCAUGCAAUUAGUUCAGAUCGAGAACCAACAGUCCAAUCUGUUGGAAAUUCUCCAGAAGUUCAUUGGGAGCUCGCAGAUUGGCAUUCAUUCUCUGGAAACAAGAGUGCAUGGUCUAGAGUUAGCUCUCGAAAAGAUAUCCCAUGACUUAGCAGUAUCUUCCGGGAGGUUUCCAAGCAAUGACUCAUCAGCUAAAACAUGCUGCAGUUUACCCGGAGCUGAAUUUCUUAGCUCAAAAUUUUGGAGAAGAACAGAAGGCCGAUCUUCUAAACUAUUAAUGGCAAGCAACACAAAAUUGAUCAAUGCACACCAUCUUGCCGAGAAUAAAAACCCGGAGUCUUGUAAUUGGGACAAGCCAAAGUUAGGACUUCAAGCCAAUUUUGUUGUAAAUCCAUUAGCAGAGGCAAAUCCUUACACAAGAGGAAGUUCAUUCAAUACUUCAGAUAAAAUUCAAGGUGAAGGAAUCAAGUUUACACAAAUCGGAAGCAGGCGAGAAUAACUGAUUUCGUACUAUAUAUGUCUAUCUACCUGCCAUUUGUCGAUGCAGGCCAUAUUUCGAUUGCACGGUUGCAGCAUUCUGUGUAUUAUACGAGCACGCCGGCUAUGUCGUAUUCUGCUUUAAGAAGGUUAGCUUAUGAAAUCUCUGUACAUGUGUCCUUAUUUUUCUUCGGUAAUGCACGUUAAUAUUAUGUUGAGUUGUGCCCCAUGAUUCUAUGAAUAAAACAUCCUUACUUUUGGUAUAA